AUGAUUUUUAAUUUAACCGUAACAAAUAUAAUUUGUGUAAUAUUAACACAUGUGAUGAUUGUUUUUACACAAUCAGAUCUCGCUAAAGAAGAAGUAUAUGGACAAUUGAGCGAUCAUACCAUGGUUACUGAUAUGGAACUAUUUCCCUACGUGGUUGCCGUUCUCAAAAUGACAAAUUAUUUAAGUGCUGGUGCUAUGAUCAGUGAAAAUUGGAUUUUAACGGCGGCUGAUGCACUGUAUUUAGUACGAGAAUCCAUUAGAGUACUACGAGUACGUCUUGGCAGCAUGAAUUACAAAAAAGGCGGUAAGCUCUACCCGAUAAAAUAUUUCCGCAUCCAUCCGUAUUUUGACGAUAAAAAGCCGGAAUAUGAUGUAGCUCUUCUAAGAUUAUCAGAAUCUGUUCGAUUGAUGUCUUCUAUACAACCCAUAAGAUUACUCCGAAAACCGAAGGAGGUAACAGUUACACAUUUCAUAGUAACAGCUUGGUCGCCUCAUUAUACGAACCAAUUUUCAAGAAGCAAGACAUUCCACAACUCAAUGGAUAUGAUCAAACGUAGCAGGAUACUGUCUGUACAACAGAUGCAUCCCAUGGACGAUGACGACUGCCACAGUUAUCAAGACAGAUUGGGGAUUAUAGAGACGGGCACGUUAUUGUGCUUGGAUCCUACGCUAGGGUCCGAUCCAUGUAAGAAAGAUGCUGGGGCACCCGUAGUUCUAAAUGGUGUUCUUUGGGGUAUUGUUUCUUCUUGGAGACUUGAAGAUUGCAAAGAAGAUACUGGACCAAGUUUUGCGAACCUUGUCGCCUCACCUAAUAUCAGUUCGUGGAUCAAUGCCGUCAUGCAAGACAUGCACUGGAAACUGGAACAAGUUGAAGAUGAAAGUGCUGAUAAUUUAAUUUAA